UGCCCUCCCUCCUAAGCUUUCCGCGUUCCCCACCACUCUCUCUCUCUCCUUGCCGCCGACGCCCAUGGUGAAGAUCUCAGUCGACAUCCGCUUUCGCUCCUACACGCCGGAGAUCCGGCAGGAGAGCGGCACUGGAGGGUCCAAGACAACCGUAUCUCGGGAGCCCGGUCCCCGGCGUCGUCUUUGCCUACCAUUACGUCUUCGACCUGAGCUACGGUAACUCGGUGGUCUACGAUCUCCUCAUCAAGUCAUCAUCCAAGCCGCCGUCGACCUCCUAUUGAUCGAGAAUAUGAUCAUGUCAAACAGCUGCAGCAAAUAUGUUAGUAUUUUUGAUGGGCCAAAGCCCAAUUGAACUGGUGCUUCUCCUCCCCUCUUCUGCGAGCCCAACAUGACGGAACCCUUGGAGGCCGCCCCUUCAGCAACCUUCGAUCUCAGGCGGUGGUGAUGAUGUCCACCUCGGUGGCGUCACCCGGUUCGAGAACUCCCCGGGCUUCCUCAAAUUUCGUGACUCGGGCUCAGCGCCAAUUCCGAACCCUAUUCCUCUUCCUAAUUCGGUGAUUCUGAGCAAAGCAUUCGCGUUUCUGUCAUGUGGGUCGUCGGAGGUUCAGCCGUGGGUUGCCUAUUCUUGAUUUCGGGUGGUUGCGGACGGCCUGCCCUUUUCCCGCAGGUAAUGAGGACGAUGGAAGAGAAGCCGAUGGUUCCUCCAACGCGGGAUUCAGUUCUUGGGCGUUUGGCAGUCCUGAUUGCAAUAUCAGGUCAUUAUUGUGCCAUCUAAAUUCAUGUUGACAGCCAUCAGAAAUACUCGCUGAUUGCAUGGAGCUUUUUUAAUUUCAAUCGCCUUCUGAGUAAACGGAACAAGCAGAACGAUGUCUACAAGUGUGGAGAGCCUACUUGGAACAUUUUGAGCUGUUGAUGUUCGAGCACAUCAAGCUUUCCACCGAGCCAGGAAAGAAGAUCCCUGAGUACCGCAGUUACUCUUAACCAGUAAAUGAUUGUCAAGAGAUUAGCCUUAUACUACAUGCAAAAUUUUCCACACUGUGAACGCAAGGUUUAUGGCUAGUGAUCGAAUUAUGCUCCUCUGUGUUCUUUAUGGAACUAAGAAGACCAAAACCUCAGAGAAACAAAGGAGUCUUUCAUACAAGCACAUUACUGAAACAACAUCACUGCUACGGAUCACAGCCUCCUGCUUUGUGAUCAUGUCUAUUGUCCUCCAACAUUGAGUUUGACUUGCAUCCUCGGAAAGGGAGAGGAACUUGGACCGAAGGAAGCACGAGCGAAGAAGGACGACACCAAUUAACCUCCACCAUUUAUCCCCUGCUAAAGGGGUUCGAAGGAGGCUUGGAAUGAUGGGGACAUUGCUCCAAGUUAGGAGGCAUCAUAUUGGUGAAUGCACUCAUCAUUGCAGUAAUCAGAAAAGCGAUGGGGAGAAGGAUGACGGCCAUUGAUUUCUGUACGUUGAAACUCCCUUCCCCUCAUUCCUCUUACCAUUCUAUCUUCAUCCCAUCUACUUUUUUUCUGAUCCCAAAUCAUUCUCACUAGAAAAUCUGUCUCCAUGAACACCAUGCACAUCUGCAUGCAUAACAAAAAAGCCUUGAUAGAAGCCACGGAAUCUCCAUAGCCUGCAUAAUAACAUCACCAUCCAACAUGUAGCCUAGGGCCCAAGAAAUCAAUCAGGAAACAAAGGAGAUGAGAACAAUGCUCAUUGCUUCCUUUUAAGAAUUGUAUUAGAAGCUCGAUGGGACCUGGCAACUUGCGUCCAAAAGUCCCAGGUGUAAAUGUCUACCUAGUGCUGAAACCAGCUAAGGAGGAGGCAUCAUUAGGAUGAACUUGUAGAAUAAUGUCAUGUUACCACUCCUAUGCAAGUAAUUUAGUUCUGAUAAGGAUUGAUGGAGAUGACAGUAUGAUUUGCUUGAUGUAAUCCUGGACCAAACUUAUCUUAAGAUACUGUAUUCUAUAGAGAUCUAAGUACAUUGAUGCUCUCCUAUCCCAGAGAAGCUUUUCUUUCGUGCUUUUAGGCACUUCUCUCAUCAUUCCCGGAAUACAUCAAGCUUAUCAUGAAGACCCACAUCUCACUUUACUUGGAAGCAGCUGUUGACUACAGGAGGAAGGGAGAAGGAGCAUGACAGGAGAUUUGAUCAGUAGCCUUGGAUUGCACUGCAGACUGAUGCAGAGAUAGUACUGCUGUUCCGGAGUGACUGGUUGGACAGUUGUCCUCCCUUUCAAUCUUUCUCGUAGACACGAGACUGUGCAAGUAGCAACCUUGUUUUGGCUACCAUAGCAAAUAUCCUCCUCCUUGAUUCCUACCACAAGGCAAGGAGAUGGAAAGGGCCUCUUCUCCAGUGACAGCACCGCCAUUAAUUCUAUUGCUUUCAAGGGUUUAAGGAUCAAUAAGAAAAGCAGAGGGAGGUGGGGGAGGAAACAAAAGCCACAAGCAUGGUCCUUCUCUGUACACAGAUCCCUAUGGCGUGCUGUGAGGUUGUAUUGAUCCAGUUUUUUGCUUAGUGGAGCUCCUUCCUUUUUCUAGUUUAAAGAGACUUGUAGUCUUCUCCUCCAGUGUCUCUCCUCUCCCCUGCAAUGUCACCGCAUAUGGUGUCGGUAAUGGGCGAGCUGAUGAUGUUUCGGCUAUUUUCGUCAUAAGAUGUGUGGGUGUUCUCAGCAGUUCGAUAGCUCAUCCUUUCACAGGAGAUGGUAGAUGACUAGAGACAUGCCCAAUGUGAGGAGAAGAUGAAAUCCAUGAACAACAGCAACUGGUUGGGUUUCUCUCUCUCCACUCGCAUGAACAUGGAGGUGUCUUCAGAGCCCCAUCAUCAUCAUCAUCAUCAUAACCAUCAUGAGAGCCAUCAUCACCAAACACAAACAACCACUGCUGGUGUUUCUUCUGGAGUCCCAUGCAGUCUCUUUCUAUCUCCUCAGUUGAGCAGCACCGAGAUCUGCUAUGGAGGGGAAGGAGAGAAUGGAGGACUCUAUUCUCAGUUGCCUGUCAUGCCACUCAAGUCUGAUGGCUCUCUAUGUAUCAUGGAAGCCCUCAGCAGAUCGCAGCAACAAGGAAUAGUGCCAUCUCCGCCUCCAAAACUAGAAGAUUUCUUAGGUGGUGGUCCAAAUAUGGGGGCCGAUCACCACUGCGGGAACUAUGACAGGGAAGCAAUGGCGUUAAGCUUGGACAGCAUGUACUACUACCAAAACUCGGAGACUCAAGGCAACGGAGCCCAUUCUCUGGACGCUCUCCAUGGGCAGCAGCAUCAUCAGCUCUUCUUGCAACCGUUGCAGGGAGGGAUGUGCUCUGAACUCGCAAGCCAUGAUAUGUAUCAAGCACCGAUGGAGGAGGGAACAAUGGUGGAGGAUGGCAUUCCCAGUCUAAAAAAUUGGGUGGCUAGGAACUAUAACGCUUGCGACAGUGGACUGGGCGAGGAAGGUGGCAUCGGCCCCAGUUCCAUUGGAGCUGUUGGGUUUGGAGAGUUGCAGUCCCUGAGCUUGUCCAUGAGCCCCGGGUCUCAGUCUAGCUGUGUGACGGCUCCAGCACAGGUUUCUUCUACCACCGAGCCCAUGGCCUUUGAUACAACGAGGAAGAUGAGGCCCGCAAAGGGAUGCCAAAAGCAGCCAGUUCACAGGAAGUCCAUCGAUACAUUUGGGCAGAGAACAUCUCAAUACAGAGGUGUUACUAGGCACAGGUGGACAGGUAGAUACGAAGCUCAUCUUUGGGACAAUAGCUGCAAGAAAGAAGGCCAGACAAGAAAAGGAAGGCAAGUUUAUCUAGGGGGUUAUGACACGGAGGAGAAAGCUGCAAGAGCUUAUGACUUGGCUGCAUUGAAGUACUGGGGACCAUCAACACACAUCAACUUCCCUCUGGAAAGUUAUGGAGACGAGCUUGAAGAAAUGAAGAACAUGAGCAGGCAAGAAUACGUCGCCCACUUGAGAAGAAAAAGCAGCGGAUUUUCACGAGGAGCAUCUAUAUACCGAGGAGUAACGAGGCAUCACCAACAUGGAAGAUGGCAAGCUCGAAUUGGCAGGGUUGCUGGAAACAAAGAUCUUUAUCUUGGAACUUUCAGUACUCAGGAGGAAGCAGCUGAAGCAUAUGACAUUGCUGCGAUAAAAUUUCGCGGGGUGAAUGCUGUGACUAACUUUGAUAUAACAAGAUACGAUGUAGAGAAGAUAAUGGCAAGUAGUACGUUGCUUCCGGGAGAACUUGCCAGGAAACACAAGGCAAUCGAAGCAGGAAAAGAUGCUCCAUCAGGAAAAAACCCUAGUCGAGACCCGACUGAAGAAAACAACACUGCUGGUUCUGGAUGGAAGAUGGUGCUCUACCAAUGUGCCCAGCACAAACCGCCAUCCACCGGAUCUCAUGCUCACGAACCGAUGAUCAUGGGUGGUGAGUAUCGGAGCCCCAUGACAUUCCCAGCGGCACUUCAUGGCCUGAUCGGAGUAGAAGCAGGGAGCUCGGUGCAAGGAGUCGAUGAUUCGGAGAAGAUGAGCAAUGCCCACUUAUCAAACCAAUCAUCGCUGGUGACCAGCUUGGGCAGUUCCAGAGAAGGGAGUCCCGACCGGACCGGUCUCUCCAUGAUGUACGUCAAUGCCUCAACCAAGUUCAAUCCAACUCCGAUGAGUUCAUCGGCUCCACCGGCGCAGCCGAGGCCGACCAUUGCCAUGUCUCAAAUGCCAGUAUUUGCUGCAUGGAAUGAUGUUUAAGCAGUCUCUCACGACGACAAAGCAUGCAAAGUCCAUGAUGGAGUGACAGCAGAAAGCAAAGUUCACACCGGCUAAAGCGAGGAGAUGCCCUUUUUUAUUCCUUUCAGAUGGUUUGGGAGCAGAGAUUGGUGAUGCAUGAUCUUUGUGGGAUCAACCUUGCCUCACAUGUCAGUGGCCUCUUUUGCACCUUUAACUUUGGGGCCUAUAUAGGUGGAGGGAUUUUUGCAGGGAGUGGGCCAAAAGACAAAAACAUGUCACUGUGUGAGAUGAUGUUUAGUUACUACUACUCUGAUUUGGGGUCUUGCCAAGUACAUCAUGAAAAGCAGCUCCAUGCCUCAAAGCAAUGCAGUUUUUAUCUUUUUUGACCA